GUGGUGAUGAUACACUGGAAUACGAACCAACGAUAAAAAAUGUUAUUGAACAGACAAGCCUCAAAUGGAUAUUUGUUGGUGGAAAGGGCGGUGUUGGGAAAACAACGUCAAGUUGUUGUUUGGCGGUGCAGCUUGCCAAAGUGAGAGAAAGUGUACUCAUCAUCUCCACUGAUCCGGCUCACAAUAUCUCAGAUGCAUUCAGUCAAAAGUUCUCAAAGGUUCCGACCCUGGUGCAGGGUUUCAACAACUUGUUUGCCAUGGAAAUUGAUCCAAAUUUAGGAUUCUCUGAACUCCCAGACGAGUACUAUGAGCAAGCUGACAUGAUGUCUAUGGGGCGAGGAAUGAUACAGGAGCUGCUUGGUGCUUUCCCCGGUAUCGAUGAAGCAAUGAGUUUUGCUGAGGUCAUGAGAUUAGUGAAGAACAUGAACUUCUCGGUUGUCGUUUUUGACACGGCGCCCACCGGCCACACUCUGCGUCUGCUUUCCUUUCCCUCUGUGGUGGAGAAGGGACUAGGGAAGCUUCUUCGGCUCAAGAAUCAGAUCAGCCCUUUUAUCAGCCAGAUAGCAGGGCUGAUGGGCAUGCAGGACCUGAACGCUGACCAGAUGUCCAACAAGUUUGAGGAGAUGUUGGCCACGAUACGACAAGUGAACACACAGUUCAAGAAUGCUGACCAGACGACGUUUGUGUGCGUGUGUAUUGCGGAGUUCCUGUCCUUGUAUGAGACAGAGCGACUGGUCCAGGAGUUGACCCAGUUUGGCAUCGAUACUCACAACAUCAUCGUGAACCAACUCAACUUUCUACGCAAGGGAGAGAAGACCUGCCGUAUGUGUGAGGCCAGACACAAGAUUCAGUCGAAGUAUUUGGACCAGAUUGUGGAUCUGUAUGAAGAUUUCCACGUGACGAAGCUGCCCUUGCUGCCAGAGGAAGUGAGAGGGGUGGACAAGAUCAAAGACUUCUCAGAAAACCUGACCAAACCGUACAGUCCAGAUUAACGUACAACGAUAAUAUCGAGUUUAUUAUUAAACUACAUGUGAUGCACUUUGGUCCUUUAGUAAAUUGUCUUUGCUUCUUUUUGCUUGUUGCAUUUAUUCCUUUUUUUUUCAGGUUUUUUUUUAUUUUUAAGAGAAUUCAUCCAUUGCUUGUGUGACUUGUUUUGACAGUUAGGUCCGCAAGGUAGGCCUACGUGGGGCUGAACAGUCGAAAUUGUUGAAAACACUUGUUGUGGCUUAAACAUUUUUUUUUUCCUAAUUUAGUCUCUAUUUUAGACUUAUUUGUCGAAGGAUCAAUUUGAAAAAUCUUGAAAGUAUACUGAAAAGCAUGUGUUUUAAGCAGUUUCAGAAAAUGUAUGUUUCUAUGGAGAUAUCCGUCAAGUUGUUUAUGGCGAAUAUCUGCGUAUUUGGCCUCGGACAGCAGUGGAGCAUUCCAAUUUUGAGCUAGUAUUUGUUUAGUUGAAUAUCUUAAUCAUUUGAAUUUGUUUAGUGAAAUAGAAUGAAUUUGACCUCUCUAUAACUGUAUAAAAAAUGUAAACUAUGAAAUGCGUACCUAGUGGGCCAAACCGUCAGGACUUGUCACAUAUUACUGUAAUGCCAAGAUAUUUAUUACAUUUUUUAGCCUUGUUAACAAUACUUGCCUAUUGUUGUUGGUGUUGUGUUUUUAUUGGGGGGGGGUUGUUUUUUUUUUUUGGGGGUGGGGUGGGGGUAGGAGCAUUGCUUAAAUUCUAAUCUUUAAAGUCAUUGAUGUCAACUGCACUUGGAAAGGAGACGCUACUUUGAAGUUUCUAUGAUUAUUGUAGUGUGAAGAGGAACUGAAUCUUUUUAUACGUCAAAAGAAAUCGAAAGUAUGAGCUGGACAACUGUGAUGAAAUGGGUGGAGUCUCUGAAUGUUUUCCUACCUACAAGAUGUCACAUGGUUUGAUUUUCCCUGGGCUGUGUUGGUUACCUAGCACAGUGGGGUCUACUUAAAUCUACUUAAAUCGAACAUGGUUUAUCUGAAAACAGAGGUACACCAAAAUAAUUUUUUUAUCUCCCCCUUUUUUUUUGCCGGCUGUUUGAGUAGCCUCUUUCAAUAAAAAACCCCAGCUCAGUGGAAGAAAACCCUGAAGUUUAAAUAAAGCGAACCUGCUUCUACUGGUCCGUUCUUGGUGACAGUUGAGACACUGCAGACUUUGUCCAAACUUACAAACACCAUCAGGGGUUACUUGAGGGUGAGGUCUGUUUAUGUCCAGUUUCUUGGCAUGAUUUGAGACAACUUGGUGAGCUCUGUCGUGAAACAUUUUUUCCAAUAGGAGUAGAUGUGGAGAUUAAGUCGGGACGUAACUCAUUACUUUGAAAAUGAAAUAAAAAUGCUGAAUCGCGUAGCUAUUGAGUGCUAGACAUUUGUGGAUAAUGUGUGAGCGCGGUCGUAAUGUAAAUUUUUAUUAAGUUACCAAAUUGUUUUUCUAACCGGUAAGGUUUCUUAUUUCUUUCUUCUUUUCUGUUUCAGUUUUUUUUUCUUCCAAGAGUAAGUUUGUGGGUGGUUGUAUAUUUCCGAUUGUUGUAAUUUGAGUUUGAUUUUUUUUGGAUAAGAUGCAGAUUUCCUCUUUUAAGUGUUUAGUUAUAAAUGUUCCUUUUUUCUGUGUACAGAGCAUUUACCCUGUUUUGAUAUCUUUUUUUUAGGUAUUUUUUUACUUUGGUUGUUUUUAAUUGAUUCUGUCCUUCUCUUUACACGAACAACCUAAAACAAAGCAAAUGCACCUGGACUUUACUUUGAUGUAAUAAAUGCCUUUAUGUGCUUUGGCUUCUCA